AUGGAUGUCUACCUGAUGAUUCGACGUCACAAGACGACAAUCUUCACUGAGGCAAAAGAGACGACAACUGUGCAUGAGUUGAAGAAGGUGGUGGAGGGAAUACUGAAGAGGCCACCAGAGGAGCAGAGGCUCUACAAAGAUGACCAGCUGCUGGAUGAUGAUGACAGGACUUUGCUAGACUGUGGCUUAAGCAGACAAAACUGCCGUCCUCAUAUUCCUGCCACAGUGGGCUUAGUUUUAUUCAGACCUGGUAAUGGCUCCUUUGAGCCACUGCGCAUUGAUCCCUUCUCAAGCACCCCAGAGCUACCUGAUGUCUUGAAGUCCCAGGACUCUGGUAGCAGCUCCAGUGAGCAAGCCUUGCGUUAA